CUAAGCCAUCAUAUGAAUAAGUAUUCAGUUGAAGGUGAAUUGUAGAUUCGUUGCUCAGAAGCUCUUGGCGGGGAAGAAUCCAGCCACAGCUGAUAGGUAUGCACUCGGUGGCUGGUGGAUGUGGCUUGUGGCUAGCGGCAGAGCACCUUCCGUGGAAGCUCGUCGAGAUAAAUGCUCGUCAUCCCAUCACACGGCUUGCCUCCCAUCACAACCCAUUUCCACGUCCUUGAUAUCUACCUGCUUGUCAUUAGAGCCACUCAAUAUACUGCACAUAAUCCACCGACAACUCGAUAUAAUCUGACAAGACCUCCUGCGCCGUCAAAGGGGAGCCGCCUCUCCAUCUUCAUCAACCAUGGCGUUGGACAACUACUAUCGCAACAAAAUCGAGAGCAUGAAGCUCGAGAUUAUACAGGGCCAAGCCGUACUACGAAGAUUAGAAGCUCAACGAAAUGAUUACAACUCCAGAGUCCGUCUUUUGAGGGAAGAACUUGGGUUGCUACAACAACCUGGAUCCUAUGUUGGUGAGGUGGUUAAGGUGAUGGGCACCAAGAAGGUGCUUGUCAAGGUCCAUCCAGAGGGGAAAUACGUUGUCGACAUCGCCGAUAACGUGGAUGUUUCUAAACUCACCGUCGGCAAGCGUGUUUCCUUACUUUCCGAUACAUAUAAGCUUGAAAAGAUGCUUCCGUCGUCCGUUGAUCCUCUCGUCUCGCUGAUGAUGGUGGAAAAGGUUCCAGACAGUACUUACGAUAUGAUCGGUGGGCUGGACCAACAAAUCAAGGAAAUCAAGGAAGUCAUCGAGCUUGGAUUGAAACACCCAGAACUUUUCGAGUCGCUCGGUAUUGCUCAACCCAAGGGAGUGCUUCUCUAUGGACCACCUGGUACGGGAAAGACGCUACUGGCACGAGCAGUUGCUCACCACGCAGACUGCAAGUUCAUUCGGGUUAGUGGAUCGGAAUUGGUACAAAAGUAUAUUGGGGAGGGAAGUCGAAUGGUGCGAGAAUUGUUUGUGAUGGCCAGAGAGCAUGCUCCCAGUAUCAUCUUCAUGGAUGAGAUUGAUAGUAUCGGAUCUAGUCGAGUUGAGGGUAGCAGUGGUGGUGAUUCCGAGGUACAGCGAACGAUGCUGGAACUCUUGAACCAGCUUGAUGGAUUCGAGCCCACCAAGAACAUCAAGGUUAUUAUGGCAACGAACCGAUUGGAUAUCCUCGAUCCUGCCCUUCUGCGACCUGGACGUAUUGACCGAAAGAUUGAAUUCCCACCUCCAACUGUGGAAGCUCGAGCGGACAUUCUACGUAUUCAUUCCCGAUCCAUGAACCUGACGCGCGGUAUCAACCUGACAAAGAUUGCUGAGAAGAUGAACGGAUGCUCCGGAGCUGAGUUGAAGGGAGUCUGCACCGAGGCGGGCAUGUAUGCUCUACGAGAGCGACGAGUGCAUGUGACUCAGGAGGACUUUGACCUGGCGACGGCCAAGAUUCUGAACAAGCACGACGACAAGGAGGUGAGUCUGGGCAAGGUCUGGAAAUAGACAGUACGUACGUUAUCGUCGUAGUCGUUGUCGUACGCGGUCAGGAUGCUGGGAGUUGUCGCUAUUCAUACACCAUUGUUUGAUCGGCGAGCCAAGCAUUGGCAUAGCUUCAUUGGCAUGGACUAUUGGGAACUAUGUAAUUUAGAAUCAUAGCGAGCUUAACGAGUGUUGCACUACGUUUGGUAUGUGCUACCUGCAUGUUGUGAUCUGUCUUGGUCUGUAUCUGUAGAU